UCAGAGACAUAGGCAGAGGGAGAAGCUGGCUCCAUGCACCGGGAGCCCGACGUGGGAUUCGAUCCUGGGUCUCCAGGAUCACGCCCUGGGCCAAAGGCAGGCGCUAAACCACUGCGCCACCCAGGGAUCCCAAUAAAUAAAAUCUUAAAAAAAAAAAUUUACUCAGUAAAUUAGUGGGAAGCUAUUGAAGGUUUUAAGUAAGAAAGUAACAUGAUCAUGUCUUAAAAGGCUGCUUUACUCUGGAGAAUGGAUUGUAGAAUGAAUUAUGGUGUUAGUUUGGUGAAGGAAGUUUGGCUGUGAAGAAGAGAGUGAGUUUUGUAAAAAGGAUUGAGGAGCAAGACCUUGAGCUCAGUCAAGUUAGGAGAGACCAUUCUUUCAUAUAAUGAGAAGGAGAAUGCAGGUAAGUGCAGUGUAAAUUUGUACAUUCAUUUUUUUUUUCUCUGAAGGAGGAGGCAAGCUCUUGAUGAAAAUGGGGUGCUGAAGUCAAGUUUGAAGGAAAGAGUUUGAACCAGGGGCUCGGUAGGGACUGUAGUGUGGCACAGCACAAGAGUGCAGUCUCUGGAGGCAGACCUUUUGGGUUUGGGUGGACAAGUUGCUUAAUCUCUACAAGCCUGAAUUUCCUCAUAAUUAAAAUAGAGGUAAUAUUAGCAUAUACUUAAUGGAGUUGUCUGGAGGUUGAGUGAGAAUUUGGUAAAACUCUUAGCAUAGGGUCUGGCAUGUAGUAAGCCCUCACUGGCUGUUAGCUCUGUUCGAGAAAAGGGCACCAAAAGAACAGUGAGGGAACAGUGAAGAUCAAUCAGAUACAUUUCUCAUUACCAGUGGGCAGCCAGCUUUGGUUUACUAGAUCAAGAAAAGAUUAGGAAAAAAAAAAGAUUAGGAAUAAAAAUAGCACAUCUCCUCCCACCACCACCCCAGCUUGCCAUCUGCUCUCAGGCAAAUCUUUUCCCAUCUUUGACCCUUGGAAACCUUUCUGUAGAAUGGAAGUUUGGAUGCAUGAUGGUUCAAGGCUGUUUCAUUGCAAAUAUGCUACAUCUCUAAGCAGAUAAACUUCCUACCCGCCCCAUGCUUCUGGACACACCUAAUAAACCCCUCUCCACACACACAGUCACAGUGAGCAUCUGAGACACACAGGUGCUCCCACACAGGACCCAGCCCAGCCCUGGCCUCUUGUGUCUCCAAGAUUAUGCUAAUAUUGGUCCCUCUGAAGUCACUUGCAGAAACUCAGCCCGAAGGGUCCUACCGCAGUGCACAGCCGGCCAAGAGCAAACUCCUGAGCCUCUGGAGAGCCAUCAUGAAGAAGCCACAAGCAGCUGUGAGAAGUCGUCUUAGGAAGCAGGCAUCCAGGCAGGAGGGAAGGGAGAAACGUGUCCUCAGCAGCAGCCAGGUCAAGCCUUCUACCGCUGCAGCAGGCUUGGCCAAGCGGCAGGAGGAGGCGGCAUGGCAGGCCUCUGUCUCCUCAUACCAUCUGUUCAGAGACACAGCCGAGGUCAUGGCCUUUCGGGAGAACCUACUGAACUGGUACGACCGAGCGAAGCGGGACCUGCCCUGGAGAAGGCUGGCAGAGGGUGAGGUGGAUCUGGACAGGCGGGCGUACGCUGUGUGGGUCUCAGAGGUCAUGCUGCAGCAGACCCAGGUCGCAACGGUGAUCGACUAUUAUACUCGAUGGAUGCAGAAGUGGCCAACGCUGCAGGACCUAGCCGGUGCUUCCCUGGAGGAGGUGAACCAGCUCUGGGCUGGCCUGGGUUACUACUCUCGAGGCCAGCGGCUGCAACAAGGAGCUCGGAAGGUGGUAGAGGAGCUAGGGGGCCAUGUGCCACAUACAGCAGAGACCCUGCAGCGGCUCCUGCCUGGCGUGGGGCGGUACACAGCAGGAGCCAUUGCCUCCAUUGCCUUUGGACAGGCAACCGGUGUGGUAGAUGGGAACGUAAUACGGGUGCUAUGCCGUGUCCGAGCCAUUGGUGCUGAUUCCAGCAGCACCCUUGUCUCCCAGCAUCUCUGGGGCUUAGCCCAGCAGCUGGUAGACCCAGCCCGGCCCGGGGAUUUUAACCAGGCAGCCAUGGAGCUGGGGGCCCUAGUGUGCACCCCACAGCACCCGCGCUGCAGCCAGUGCCCUGUACGGAGCCUGUGCCGGGCACACCAGAAGGUGGAACGGGGAAAGCUCUUAGCCUCCCAGAGCCUGCCAGGCAGCCCCGACGUGGAGGAGUGUGCUUCCAGCACUGAACAGUGCCAGCUGUGCGCGCAUCCCACAGAGCCCUGGGACCAGACCCUGGGAGUGACCAACUUUCCCAGGAAGGCCAGCCGCAGGCCCCCCAGGGAGGAGCGCUCUGCCAUUUGUGUUCUAGAGCAGCCCAGGGCCCCUGGGGGUCCUCAAAUUCUGCUGGUGCAGAGGCCCAGUUCAGGUUUGCUGGCAGGACUGUGGGAGUUCCCAUCAGUGACCGCAGAGACCUCAGGGCGAUGUCAGCGUGAGGCCCUGCUGCAGGAACUGCAGAGUUGGGCUGGGCCCCUCCCAGCCUCCCACCUCCAGCACCUUGGGCAGGUGGUCCACACCUUCUCUCACAUCAAGCUGACAUAUCAAGUAUACGGUCUGGCCCUGGAAGGACAGGCCCCGGUGACCAUUGUACCACCUGGUGCACGCUGGCUGACCCGGGAGGAGUUUGACACUGCAGCUGUCUCCACCGCUAUGAAAAAGGUGUUCCGUGUGUACGAGGGCCAACAGCCAGGGAUCUGCAAGGGUUCCAAGAGAUCCCAAGUGUCUACUCCAUCCAGCCGGAAAAAGCCCAGCCCUGGCCAGCAACUCCUGGAUAGUUUCUUUCGGCCUCUCAUCCCUAUGGAUUCAUCCAACCUCAACAGUAUGGCCCAGUGACAUCUCUAGAAGCCCCCAUUUCCUGAGAAUCCUGGGUUUUUGGUUUUGUUUUGUUUCUAAUUUUAUUUGACAGAGCAUAAGCAAGAGAAGCAGCAGAUGGAGAGGGAAAAGCAGGCUCUCUGCUGAGUAGGGAGCCCGAUGCAGAGCUCAAUCACAGGACCCUGGGAUCAUGACCUGAGCCGAAGGCAGAUGCCUAACCAAAUGAGCCACCCAGCAGCCCUUGAGUCCCGUUUUUUAAUAAAGCGCUUAUUUUUAUAGUCA